ACAUACAAAAACAAAAUUUCUCCAACGAAGAUAACGACAAUAAUUUUUAAAAAUAAUUCAAUUAAAACGUCUUGAAUCAUCAUGUCGAAUACUGAUUAUUGUGGAUAUAAAUCUCCUUUAUCAACACGAUACGCUUCGAAAGAAAUGCAAUUCUUGUUUUCCGAUCAAUUCAAGUUUUCAACAUGGAGAAAAUUGUGGGCGAUGUUAGCAAAGGCCGAAAAGGAACUCGGUUUGAACAUCACUAAUGAGCAAAUUGCAGAAUUAGAAGCUAAUGUUGAAAACAUUGAUUUUAAAGCUGCUGCUGAUGAGGAAAAACUUACUCGACAUGAUGUUAUGGCUCAUGUUCAUGUUUUUGCCAAACAAUGUCCAAAAGCAGCAGCAAUCAUUCAUCUUGGAGCAACAUCAUGUUUUGUCGGUGAUAACACUGAUUUGAUUAUUUUACGUGAUGCAGUGGAUUUGUUAUUGCCGCGAAUUGUGAGUGUUAUCAACGCCUUAUCAGACUUUGCUUUGACCCAUCGCGAUCUUCCAACUCUUGGCUUUACGCAUAUGCAACCAGCGCAAUUAACGACUGUCGGUAAACGUUGCACUUUAUGGGUAUCUGAUUUACUGUAUGUUGAAAAGAAACUCAGUGAUUUUCGAAGAGAUUUAAAGUUUCGUGGAGUGAAAGGAACAACUGGAACUCAAGCAUCUUUCAGAGAACUUUUUGAAGGUGAUAGAAAUAAAGUAAAAGCUCUCGAUUGUCGAGUUGCUGAACUUGCAGGAUUCAAAAAUGUUUAUGCAGUCACUGGACAAACUUAUUCAAGAAUUGUCGACUCUGAUGCCGUCUCAAUUCUUUCACUUCUUGGAUCGUCUGUUCAUAAAAUGUGUACUGACCUUCGUUUAUUGGCAUCAUUGAAAGAGAUGGAAGAGCCAUUUGAAUCAACUCAAAUUGGAUCGUCAGCAAUGGCUUAUAAAAGGAAUCCAAUGAGAUCAGAACGUUGUUGUGCCUUAUCACGUCAUUUAAUGACAUUGAAUGCAAAUGCUGCCAACACUCAUGCAGUUCAAUGGAUGGAACGAACACUUGAUGAUUCCGCGAAUCGUCGUUUGACACUUUCUGAAAGUUUUCUAUCAGCUGAUGCUUGUUUGCUGACUUUAUUAAAUAUUUCCCAAGGAAUUGUUGUUUAUCCAAAGGUCAUUGAACGUCACAUUGCACAAGAACUUCCAUUUAUGGCGACUGAAAAUGUUAUCAUGGCAAUGGUGAAAGCUGGUGCGGAUCGACAAAUUUGUCACGAGAAAAUAAGAGUUUUAUCUCACGAAGCAGGAGCACAAGUCAAACAACAUGGAAAGGAUAAUGACCUUGUUGAAAGAAUCAAAACCGAUCCUUAUUUUGCUCCAAUUAUCAGUCAAUUGGAUCAUAUCCUUGACGCUAGCACCUUCACGGGAUUUGCUUCGUUACAAGUUGAAGAAUUUUAUAAAGAACAAGUUCAGCCAGUCUUACAAAAGUACGGAAAUAGAAUUCAAACAUCUCAAGUUCAAUUAUCAAUUUAACAAUUCAUUAUAGAAGUAGACAGAAGGAAAUUUGUAAAAGUCUUCAUUUAAUUGCAAGGAGAGAUAUUGUGAAUCUUACUUAAAAAGUCAUAAUUAUGGUUUUCCAACAAUAAAUAAAUAAAUUUUUACACAAAUUGAAUGCAAAUUUAAUUAAAAUAUUUAUACGAAUUACAGUCACUUAUAUCAGUUGAGUAAAUUAUAAUUAAUUAGAAGCGAGAAGUCACCGAGUGGCGUCGUUUCGUUACUGAGAGUGUCAAAUUAUACCAAAAUUAAUUUAAAUUUUAAUCAGAAUGUAAUAAUCAAAUUAUGAAGAAUUAUUUCUUCUUCUUCCUUGCUUCAUUUGAAGUUUCAAACAAUUUCACAAGGAGAUAAAAAAAGCGAAGAAAAAAGUUUGAAACACAUCAAAAGAGUCAUUAAAAGA